AUGGCAUUGGAGAUCAUUGUUUCUGUUGUUCUCUGCGGCGUCGUUGUAUCGACUCCCUCGGCUAAAGCUGUGCGCCACAUGGCUUCGAGCGUGCCGUUCCUCCUUGUUCUCGCACUUUCUCCUGCUACCAUCUUGCUCAUUCUCUUCGCGUACUUUCAGAAAGUCGGCGAUGGGCAACACGCCAAUCGCAUUCGAGCCUUCGUCGCGCAGUCGCAGCAGAAGCACAGCAAGCAGCUACGUGAGAAAGUGCAGGCAAGCGCACGGAUUGAGAAGGCGACGGCGCAGGUCACCUGCAUCAUCUGCCUCGAAGACGUCGAAUCGGGGCAACCCGUGAGAAGACUUCGAUGUGGCCAUCUGUUCCAUCCCGAUUGCAUCUGCAGCUGGUGUUGCCACAAGGGCGACUGGGCAGUGUUGUGCCCCACAUGCAGAGACAGUGAGCCCUUAACUGGAGCUGGGGCAGCAGAUUCAGCGGCAUGA